GUUAGACAAAAUUGAGGGUGUAGCCGCUACUUUCAUGGGGCAAGAUGGAUCCCGUUUCCAUUAUUAGAUUUUCUUUCUGUCAGAUUUUAAGAGAUUUUUGUUUAAAAAUCACAACUUUGUAAUGCAGAAUUAUUUUUGAUUAAAAAAACUAUUAAACUGUAAUAGUAUCUGCCUGAUCGUCUCAGUGAACGUCAGCUUCGCAGCUUGCUCCGACAAUCCUUUCAACUUGCUGACAUCCAGUUAAGCUAACCCCAGCUAACUUCGUUAUGUGAAGUGUCUUGCGAACAAAGAAGCUCUGCAACUAUCUGGUGUUGCAAGUUGCUCUCAUGUGCCCAUGGAGAAGGAGGUCUUUGAGGGGUGGCUGGAGUCAGUCUCUGCCACUUUCCUUACACUUAAUGACCAGCAGCGUAACCAGGCUCUGGACCAGCUCAUAUCUCUGAGCGGUGCAGUUCAGCUUCGCCAUCUGUCCAAUGGACUGGAGACGCUGCUUAAGCGUGACUUCUUGCGCCUGCUUCCUCUGGAGCUGGCCUUCUACCUGCUCCGCUGGCUUGAUCCACAGACACUGCUCACCUGCUGCUUGGUUUGCAAACAGUGGAAUAAGGUGAUAAGCUCAUGCACAGAGGUUUGGCAGACAGUGUGUCGUGAGCUUGGCUGGAGAAUUGAUGAAUCCAUUCAAGAUGCAUCCCACUGGAAAGGAGUCUAUCUAAAGGCUAAGCGGAGAAUGAUGCAGCUGAAGGACCAAGAAGCCUUUGAGACAUCAUCUCUUAUUGGACAUAGUGCACGAGUGUAUGCGCUUUAUUAUAAGGAUGGUCUUCUGUGCACAGGAUCUGACGACCUUUCUGCAAAGUUAUGGGAUGUUCGCACAGGGCAAUGCAUUUAUGGUAUCCAAACACACACCUGUGCCACAGUAAAAUUUGAUGAACAAAAGCUUGUGACUGGAUCCUUUGACAACACCAUUGCAUGCUGGGAGUGGAGCACAGGUGCAAGAAUCCAGCAAUUCCGUGGUCACACAGGAGCAGUUUUCAGUGUUGACUACAAUGAUGAGCUGGACAUGUUGGUGAGUGGUUCAGCUGACUUUUCUGUGAAGAUCUGGUCCCUGUCAACUGGAAUCUGCCUCAACACUCUGACAGGACACACAGAGUGGGUCACUAAGGUGAUACUACAGAAAACAGAAGUAGAAUCUGUGGUGCACAGUCCUGGGGAUUAUAUCCUCUUGAGUGCUGAUAAAUACGAAAUUAAGGUCUGGCCAUUGGGCCGUGAGAUAAACUGUAAGUGUCUGAAAACACUGUCAGUUUCUGAGGACCGCAGCAUAAGCCUUCAGCCACGACUGCAGUUUGAUGGGCGCUACAUCAUUUGCAGCUCAGAUCUUGGAGUUUAUCAGUGGGACUUUGCCAGCUUUGAGAUUCUCAGGGUGAUUAAAACCCAAGAUCCAGCGAACCUGUCCCUGUUGAGCUUUGGAGAGGUGUUUGCUUUGCUCUUUGACAACCACUUUCUGUAUGUCAUGGAUUUAAGGACAGAGGCUAUCUCAGGCCGCUGGCCUCUGCCGGCUUAUAGAAAGUCCAAACGAGGGUCCAGCUUUUUGGCUGGAGUGACCUCAUGGUUAAAUGGACUGGAUGGUGGCAAUGACUCAGGACUGGUGUUUGCUACAAGCAUGCCCGACCAUAGCAUUCACUUAGUGCUGUGGAAGGAGAAUGGAUAGAAGACAGUACCUUUUUAAAAA